UGAGAGAGAGAGACAAUAGACUUUAAUCACUCAUGUGGUUCAGAGCUGUUGGCAAGCCAAGUUCCACACGCGCUGAGAGAGGGGAAAAAAAACAGAAGAGGGGAAGAUAGAACCAGGAAGGGAGAAGACUGAGGUGGACAACUUAAGAGGAGAGUUAUCAUUAGUUAUACUUCUGAACUGAAUACAAGUCUACAGCCAGACUGAGGAGGAGGUGACCAAAAACAUCUGGCAAUUAAGACCUAAAGGAGCAACCGUCUGCCCUGAAUCCUCCUCAGCUUGAUCAUUGGAGACCAACUUUCUACUGCCUCUACUGAAGAAGUCUCCAUCCACUCUGCCGUCCAGACUGGAGUAUGCCCUGCCAUCCCUGUCAUCCCUGCCGCUGAUCCAGGCGGUCAGCAUGAUCUCCCACUACCCUCUGGCCACCCUGCUGCCCUGGCCUGCGGGUCCCCACCACCACUGUCCAGACCUGGACUGCACCUUACUGCUGGAGGGGGAAGGAGGUGUCGCCCUGCAGAGGUACCAGCCUCGCUCCCCAGAGAGCAGCCCCCGCCACUGGAGCUCGGUGCAGGAUUGGGGGGAGGAAGUCGAGGAAGGAGCCAUCUACAAUGUGACACUGAAGAGGGUUCAGAUUCAGCAAGCAGCCAACAAGGGAGCAAGAUGGCUAGGGGCUGAGGGGGAUCGUCUACCUCCUGGACACACGGUGAGCCAGCUGGAGACCUGCAAAAUCCGAAGUAUCCGUGCUGGAACACUGGAGCGUCUGGUGGAGACGUUAUUGACAGCGUUUGGAGACAACGACCUCACCUACACCUCCAUCUUCCUGUCCACCUACAGAGCCUUCACCAGCACACAGACUGUACUGCAGCUACUGCUAGACAGGUAUGGAAGUGUGGAAGAAAAUGAGCAAGACACAGAGAGAUGCAAAGGCACUGAAACCAAUAGAGCCAUCAGAAAUGCUUUGGCCUCUAUCCUGCGUGCCUGGCUGGACCAGUGCCCUGAAGACUUCCAGGAGCCCCCUGAUUACCCCUGUCUCCACAGGUUGAUGGACUACCUGCGCAGGGCCCUGCCUGGCUCGGAGGCUCUCAGACGGGCAGAGGGUCUGCUGGAGCAGCUGCAGAGUCAGGCCAACAUGGAUGAAACUGAUGCUGGUUUCCACGGCAACAGCUCUUUCUGUCUUGGGGAGGAGGAGGAAGUGGAGAUUGAGGUCCAGGAGGACUUCCUGUCGUUUGAGUCCGAGCUGGUGGCCGAGCAGCUGACCUACAUGGAUGCACUGCUGUUUAAAAAGGUCGUACCCCACCACUGCCUGGGCUCUAUCUGGUCCCAGAGGGAUAAGAAGCACAACAAGCACAGCGCCCCCACCAUUCGUGCCACUAUUACACAGUUUAAUGCUGUGGCGGCCUGUGUGGUCAGCACAGUGUUGAAGCACAGACAGAUCAGACCACACGUCAGAGCGCGGGUCAUCCAGCGCUGGAUAGACAUCGCUCAGGAGUGCAGAAUACGCAAAAACUUCUCGUCUCUGAGAGCCAUCGUAUCUGCGCUGCAGUCCAACCCUCUGUACAGGCUGAAAAGGGCAUGGGCCUGUGUGCACAAAGACAGCAUGCAGACAUUUGAGGAACUGUCGGACAUUUUCUCUGACCACAACAACUACCUGACCAGCAGAGAGCUCCUCAUGAGGGAAGGCACUUCAAAGUUUGCCAGCCUGGAGAGUUGUGCCAAGGAGCACCAGAAACGCACCCACAAGAGACUGCAGUUGCAGAAGGAAAUGGGAGCAAUGCAAGGAACGAUACCCUACUUGGGGACUUUUCUAACUGACCUGACUAUGUUGGAUACGGCACUGCCAGACUUAGUAGAGGGUGGUCUGAUCAACUUUGAGAAGAGACGCAGGGAGUUUGAGGUGAUCGCUCAGAUCAAGCUGCUCCAGUCGGCCUGUAACAGCUACUGUCUGGGUCCAGAGCCGGCAUUCCUCCGCUGGUUUAAGAGCCAGGUUCAGCUCAGUGAGGAAGAAAGCUAUGCCUUGUCCUGUGAGAUUGAAGGUCUCGGUGACAGCAGUCCAACCUCACCCAAACCUCGGAAAAGCAUGGUGAAGAGACUGAGCCUGCUGUUUCUUGGAACAGACAGUAAUGCAGCCAGUUCUCCAGUCAGAGAGACGCCACGCUCGCCUCCUACUGGCAGCUCAGGGGAGAGCAUGGACUCAGUCAGUGUGUCCUCCAGCGACUCCAGCAGCCCAUCAGACAGCGAGGGCCUCACCCCCACUCACACCUCCGACUCCCAGCAGAACAAGCUAUCAGAAUCCUCCUCUUGUACUUCACUCCACUCCAUGGACACCAGCUCGUCGACAGCCAGCGUCUCCAUGACUCCUGCAUCUCCCUCACUCCCCGGGGCCCCCUGCACCCACAGACGCUCUGUCUCCCUCACACCCUUGACCCCCAGCUCCCCGGGUCAAACCCCAGCUUAUAACACCCAGGCCCAAGAUGCAUGCAUCAUAAGAGUCAGUCUGGAGCACGGCAACGGGAAUCUCUACAAGAGCAUAUUGUUGACCAAUCAAGACAAGACUCCAGCUGUAAUUUCUAGAGCCAUGGCGAAGCACAACCUGGAGGUGGAGCCAGAGGAGGGAUACGAGCUGGUACAAGUCAUCUCUGAGGAGAGAGAACUGGUGAUCCCUGACAACGCCAACGUCUUUUACGCCAUGAACACCUCAGCUAACUUUGACUUCCUGCUGCGGGUGCGGGGCUCAGCGGGUCGGGCAGUCCAGCUUCGAAGCCGGUGUAGCUCCACACUCCCUCGCACCCAGCACCGCUCAAGCCUGUCGCUUAGACUCAGCAAGGUCACGCUGUGACCCUGGACUGCAGGAACCCAGCUGUUAGCCCUUACACCACUAAUCCAGGACAAUGCAGGGCACGGACGUGAUGUGAACUUAUGGGUUUUAGAUGAAGAGGCUGGAUGGAUAAGUGGAUGAGGAGCUCUGGAGGACUGCCAAUGAGACUCAAGAGCUCCACUUUGACUCUUAUCUCACCAGCUGAGUCUCACCCUGAACUGUGCCAUCCCCUCUUGUCUUUUUCAACCCUUUGCCCAGCCUUAAUAUGGAACAUGGAUGUGUAGCGUGACUGCUGUGUCAGUGGGACUUGACUUUUGAGUGGUGAUGCUGUGAGUAAAACAGCGACCCCAUGUGGCCUCCACUCUUUACAACAACAGGUUUUUGCACAUGUUAUGGGAGCAGCCAAACUCCUGACCUCCAACAGUAUUCUGAUAUUGAACAAACUUCUUUUUGUCCUGUGACGUCUGUGUAGAUGAAUAUUUACUUUUCUGUUGAUAGAAGUGUGAUGAAUGCAGAAAGAGAAGAUUGAUGGUGGACUGAGUGUCCUGUCCUGUUGCCUUUAUCAAUGAAUGAAUGGGCUUCUGACAGUAUUCUGAAUGAUAUUGAUUCAUUGAUUGACAGGAGCUGUGAUGUCAUUAUUUCCCCUAGUUGGGCAUGUUUAGCUGCCAUGUCCAGCUCGUGCACGGUGUGCACUGUGUGUUCAGCCCCACUCAUAUUAUGAGCUGUGUGACGAAUGCGGUUUGAUGCAUUCUGAUUGGUUCCAUUACUUGGUUUUAACAAGUCCUUGGCGAAUAUUGAAAUGGCCUUAGCUGCCCGAUCUUUAGGGUGUCGAGAUGAUAUUUGUGCUGCUUUCUAAUUCAGAAAGACGUUCCCUUACAUUCUUGCUCUUUCAGACUAAGAAAGAAGAUAUUCGAAGACAGAGAAUAUGAGGGACUGACAUCUUGGGAUGGAAAACACCAUGCAAAGUGUCUCAAACUGAUGCAUAUUUGUACCUCUUUGCCCUUCAUUAUAUGAACUAUAGAGUUGCACUUGUCAGUUGGUAGCAGAUGCCAAUGGGAUGUGAAUAUGGAAGAAUGAGUGAGCCACUCUGUAAGUGGUUUUCUCUCUCUUCACUUCAAUGAAUUACUAUUUUUGUUUGUAAUUGUUGCUUUUUAUAUGUUUUUGCAACACACUUCAGGCCAGAAAUGUAUCCCAGAUUGGAGAGUGAUGGAGUUCUUUUAAAAGUAAAUGUUAAACAAAUUCAGUGUCAUAUAUAUAUAUAUAAAUAUAUAUAAUAAAAAAAAAAAGCCAGUGCCAGAUUUUACUGUGACACAUUUGGAAAUGUUUACUGAGGGACACUUUAUUACAUACACAAAAGCCAAUCACCUCUUCACACAGUAAACACCCAUCUGUUUGUCUCAUGGGUGCACUCCUCAGUUUCUAGCACCAUCGGAGUUUCACAGCAACAUCACCAACACUUAUCACCUGUCACAUAACAGCCACACAUUUUCAGAUAAACACUCAGUCUUUUUUCUUUUUCUUUCUGUCAGAUAUUAGUCACUCCUGCAGAUCUUACGUCAUGUUAUUGUGCCACGAUCAAAUGUUUGUGCAGCCACUUAAUGUUCCUUGGUUGAUAUUACGUUCCCCCUGGGAUAAGUGGUUCACUGUUGGACUUAAAGUUAAUGGCCCAAUCAUUUAUCUCCAUGCAGCACUUCACUUUAAAAUGUUCUCAUUAAAUCACCCUCAGUACCUGUGUUCUUCACUGCCAAAGACUCUUCCUCUACCUGAAUAAAAUAAAUUAUUAUCAUUAUUA